AUGACCAUUAUCUGGGUGUGCCAACUGAAGUCACUCCUACUGCUUUACUGCACUCUGGGGGUUUCUGGUUACAAGUUGAACGCGGACAAUGAAAUAAAAGAUGAGGUGCACCCAGGAGUGAGCACAGAAUGGGGAAACCAAACAGCAGUCAGGGAAUUCGUCCUCCUGGGAUUCAGGAACAUCUCAGAAAUACAAGUUCUUCUUUUCCCAGUGUUUCUAGCAAUCUACAUUCUGACCAUGGUUGGGAACAUCCUCAUCCUUGUAUUGAUUGUAGUUGAUCACCAUCUUCAUACCCCCAUGUACUUUUUCCUGGGGAAUUUAUCCUGCUUGGAGACCUGCUACACUUCAUCCAUUCUGCCCAGGAUGUUGGCAAGCUUUGUGACUGGAGAUGAAACCAUUUCAUUCAGUGGAUGCUUCACACAGUAUUUUUUCUUUGGUUUAUUGUCAGGUACAGAAUGCUAUCUCCUAGCAGCAAUGUCUUAUGACCGGUAUUUGGCAAUAUGCAAACCACUGCAUUAUGCAUCUCUUAUGAAUGGACGAUUCUGCUUACAGCUAGCAGCCAUGUCCUGGACAAGUAGUUUUCUGGCUAUUAGUAUAACAAUACUUUUAAUGCUAAACUUAACUUUUUGUGGCCCUAAUGAAAUGGACCAUUUCUUUUGUGAUUUUAUCCCAAUCGUAAAACUCUCCUGCAGCGACACAUUCAUGCUGGAAGUUGUAGCUGCCAUUCUGCUUCCUUUAUGGACUUUUCCACCAUUUUUAUUAACAAUGACAUCUUACAUCUGUAUCAUCGCAACCAUCCUGAAAAUCAGUUCUACCACCAAGAGGCAAAAGGCUUUUUCCACCUGCUCCUCCCACCUCACUGUAGUGACAAUAUUUUAUGGGACCGUAUUUAUUGUGUAUAUGGUACCAAAAAAGGACACCCUGAGAGACUUGGAUAAAGCAUUCUCUUUCUUUUACACUGUCCUCACUCCCCUAAUUAACCCCUUCAUAUACAGCUUGAGAAACAAAGAGGUAAAAGAGGCCCUGACAAAAGUUGUUGCUAAAUUCUGUGUUGUCAAAGAAACUCAGACUUCCCUAUGUUCAUGUUUUCAGUGCAAAUGA